AUGUGCACAAAUUUCAGGCCACUAUCGUAUCUUGUGGGGGGACUGAGCUGCUCCAUGUCGCUCAGCCGGUUCAAGGCAACAGGGGCGAGAUCGCUCAAGUGGUUAGAGCAUAAAUUUGCUGACCAGAAGGUCCGUGGUUCUAACCCGACCUCUGCCUCUCGACUUCCCCUGUCUAGGCCUGGGCGACCUGGCAGUAUCCCAGCCCUCGUGCUUCCUUCGGGUAGCAUGGCAGUUAGGCACCGGAAAGGUGUUACAGCUGAACGAUUCAAGGCAACAGUACAACCUCGCCCCGACUCAGCUCUACCCGCUACGUCAUAUCAGAGUAUUGAUUCAUUAACAUACACUAAAAUCUCUGACGCGCAUUCUCUAGCACCCUUCCGGUACCUAGCUGCCAUGCCACCCGAAGGAAGCACGAGGGCUGGGAUACUACCAGGUUGCCCAAGCCUAGACAGGGAAAGUCGAGAGGCGGAGGUCGGAUUCGAACCACGGACCUUCCGGUCAGUAAAUUCGCGCUCUAACCAUUUGGGCCAUCUAGCCUCCUUUUCACAAACUACUAACUGGUCACACCAAUUUUUGGUACUACAAACGGCGUUUUAUGAAGAGCCAGCUGACCAGGUUAGAAGUUGCAAAAAAUCCCUGGAAGCUGUUUCUUCACGUCUGUUGCCCUCUUGGAAAGCCAAUCACCUUAUCAACAGAACGGUACUGAUGCUCUGCCUCUACACUAGACCCAUUGUUUCGGUGUCUGGUGGGGAUUUUGUCCUGAUUCUGUCGAAAACUCGCGUUUCACCGUGUUUCAUUCAAGUUCUGACAGUCCCAACCGCUUCGGUUUUCGAUCCGUCUAUGGGAAGUUCAUCUUGCUUUUUAGUGGAACAGAAAAACAGCUUGUGA